AGAUGGAGACUGCUAUAUGUGGCAGAUUGGCUCUCUCACCCAACCACGUCUUCAUCUCCAAACCUGGGGACAAAAAAUCCCUAUGUAAAGGACAAUGCACAAAUCAUGGGAUUCCCAUGGCUGUAUCAGCAACAGGACAGGGUAAAAGAGGAGGUUUUCGCCACUGGUUGGAGAGACCAAUUAUUGAGAAAACUACUCCUGGCCGUGAAUCAGAGUUUGAUUUGAGGAAAUCAAGGAAAACGGCCCCACCUUAUCAUGUUAUACUGCAUAAUGACAACUACAAUAAACGGGAAUAUGUUGUCCAAGUACUGAUGAAGGUUAUCCCUGGGAUGACUCUUGAUAAUGCAGUUAAUAUUAUGCAAGAAGCACACUACAAUGGCUUGGCAGUGGUGAUAAUUUGUGCCCAGGCAGAUGCCGAAGAUCACUGCAUGCAAAUAAGGGGCAAUGGACUUCUCAGCUCAAUUGAACCUGCAAGUGGCGGGAGCUGAGGACAGGCCCAGUGAAACCACAUGGUUUAUUGAUUUUACUGCUCUCUUGUAAGGUAUUAGAUGUACAUAAACCAGCAAUACUCAUAUUUUAAUCAAUCUUGCUCAUCCUAUUGUCAAAUUAAGACUAGGAUGGUUGUUGAUUCGAAAAAAAUUGGUUUAAUUUACAGUUA